GAUUUUAUAGCGUCGAGAGAGAGAGAUGGGUGUAAUAGAGGAAGCUCACAACGUGAAGGUGAUUGGCUCAGGAAAUAAAGGGACGGUCGUAUUAGGUCACGGGUUCGGUACGGACCAGUCAGUAUGGAAACACCUGGUUCCACAUCUGGUCGACGAUUACCGCAUCGUGCUCUACGACAACAUGGGAGCCGGUACGACCAAUCCGGAAUAUUUCGACUUUGAUCGUUACUCAACUCUCGAAGGUUUCGCCUUUGAUUUGCUUGCAAUCUUAGAAGACCUUCAAAUCGAGUCUUGUAUCUUUGUCGGUCACUCUCUUUCCGCCAUGGUUGGUGUCUUGGCUUCUCUUAACCGACCUGACCUCUUCUCCAAAAUCGUCAUGGUUUCUGCUUCCCCAAGAUUCGUGAACGAUGUUGAUUACCAAGGUGGAUUCGAGCAAGAAGACCUAAACCAGCUUUUUGAAGCGAUACGAAGCAACUACAAAGCGUGGUGCUUAGGUUUCGCUCCACUGGUGGUAGGUGGAGACUUGGACUCGGUAGCCGUUCAAGAAUUCAGCAGGACUCUCUUCAACAUGCGUCCAGACAUAGCUCUCUCCAUGGCUCAGACCAUUUUCAGUAGCGACAUGAGACAAAUCUUACCAUUUGUCUCUGUCCCUUGUCACAUCGUCCAAAGCGCUAAAGAUUUAGCCGUACCGGUCGCCGUAUCCGAGUAUCUUCACACCAAUCUCGGGUCUGAAUCCGUCGUCGAGGUUAUGUCUUCAGAGGGUCAUCUUCCUCAGCUUAGCUCGCCGGCCUCUGUUAUUCCCGUUCUCCUCCGUCACAUCCGCCAGGACAUUACUGUCUGAUGAGUGAUGAUGAGAGGAUGUUAAUUAUAAAUAGCGAAAUUAUAUGUAUGAUGUGAUGAACAUGUCUGGGGUAAGUGAGUAUAUCGUUUCGUUGUCGUUUGGUUCUGCUUUGUUUUUUUUUUUUUUGUAAACGUUACAGAUUUGUUUGGGAGGAAUAGUUUAGAUAAGAUAGAGGUUUCCACGCUGGAGAGUGAGAUAAGAUCUGAGGAGGAGGGAAUGCACCAUUUUCGAGUUGAUAAGAAUGCUGAGUUGGUUCUGCUUUGUUUAUCCUUGGAUUCUGUAUUUGAUCAGUUUGUUGUUGUUCUAAUCUUUGUGUUAGCGAAAAGUCUUGGUCUCUUGUGUCCAGCUUUUGUUCGAUAUUCGUGAUUGGUGGUCUGUAGUGAAUUAUCUAAAGUGUCGUCGUUGAGGUAUUAUGUGUGUGAACUGUAAACUGAAGCUGAAAUUCCGAAGAUAUUUUUCAAUUCUUUGU